AUGAUCUGCCCUAGAACUCCCUACCUCUUUAACCUGUUUGUGUUUGUUAACAGCACUGUGUUCCCCUUCCGCGACUCGCCCGACGCGGCUGCGACCGUCUACUGCGACCAGGAGACCGACGGCGGCGGCUGGACGGUGUUCCAGAGGCGGCUCAAGCUCCCUGUGAGGGAGGACUUCUACCGCACGUGGGUCGAGUACGAGCUCGGCUUCGGCCACAUGGACGGCGGUGAGUUCUGGCUGGGCCUCGACCUCGUGCACCACCUGACCUCGACCGGCCUGCAGGAGAUGAGAGUCGACCUCACGGACUACGAGGGCAACGCGACAUGGGCCAAGUACGGGCUCUUCCACCUGGGGGACGCCAGCACCAAGUAUCGGCUGCAAGUCGGCAGGUACAACGGCACAGCUGGCGAUGGCUUCGGAGGUGGCAGGCACAACGGCCACCCGUUUACCACGCACGACAACGACAACGACGCGGCUGAUGCGAACUGUGCGGCCAGGUAUCGCGGUGCUUGGUGGUAUGACAAGUGCCACAUAUCCAACUUGAACGGGUUUUCUUACGAAGGAGAGCAUGAAACUUAUGCGGAUGGUAUCGAGUGGCAACCCUGGAGAGGAUAUCGUUACUCGCUAAAAACUGCAGCAAUGAUGAUAAGGCCAGCAUUCUGAAGCAUCUGUUGCUGCUGCACACACACAUUCUAUUAAUA